CUUGCACAGCAUCAAGGCCAGUAAGGAAGUGUUACGUUCUCCACAAUUUUAACAAAAUGCUGCCGGUGAUAUGAGGAAGUGAGAGGAGUCAGAGUGGACUAACACACACUCAAGUUAUGGAGGACAAAGAGAAGCCUUGUUCUCUUACACUUCAGGGUUCAGAUGAUCAUAAAACAACAGAAGAAUUGGAGACUAAAGGGGAAUUACUCUCCCUCAGAAGUGAACAUUUGGAUGCUGUAGAUACAACUGUUAAUACACAUACAGUCUUGGCUACAAUACCUGCUGGUGUUGAGAGUUUAUCAUCUACUGAUCAAAUACACGUUCAGCUCUUUGAUGGCCAGGUAAUUCAGAUAACAUCUGCCUCGUUAGUCAAUCCAGAAAGCAGAGGACGAGGAGGAACGAGGAGAAAAGGAUGUGAAGUUGAUGAGCGGAGAGAUGGAAGAAAUGGUGUAAUAGAAAGUGAACUGGGAGCUGGAGGAGCUGUGACGCUGCUCACGAGCGACGGAAAAACUUACAUCUUGCCGCAGGCUCUCAACGGUGCAACAGGGGGAUAUAUUAUUGCAGAAGAGGUGCUGAGUGCUGAAGAAGUACUACAGUCAAGUGAUGUACUGCAGGAGGAACAGGUACUGACAAUAUCCCCUCCACAGGCUUCUUUACAGUUCUCUUCCUCUGUUACAACACCACCUGAUGCCUUAGCCAUAGCCACCAGUGAAGUGUUUAAUGAAGAAUAUGUAUCUCUUCCCUUAGAGGAACAACCUGAGUUAAGUGACAGAUCAAAAUCUUUUCACUUUAAAGCAGAAGAAAGGAAUAAUGUACAGAGUUCUCCAUCAGUUGAUAAGGAAUAUUUACAUCCAAGACAAGAAAACUCAAGGGAAAGUGCACCAUAUUCAGACUGUAGUGUCAUAACUAUCCAGGCUCCAAAUGCUCAAAUAAAAAAUGCCUGGUUAGAAAAAGAUGCAAAAGAAUACGUUAUGUCAUCGAGUUUGGGGAAAUCAGAAAUCAGCAAAGUAAGUGAUCAUCAAAUAUACACAGUUGAUACCACAGAAUCUGACCCAUUAGCCAUCAGCAAUAAAGACACAUUACCGAGGACUUUAGAGGACCACAAAAAGCAGUUGAAUGAUGCAAACUCGGCCAGUUACUCCGCUGCUUAUACAAAAUGGUGUGAAGUGCGAAGUGACAUUCCAAAUUAUUUUCCGUCAAACCUUCAAACUACCGGUAAUACAAAUUCUUUUAAAAAGUUGUUUACGGAGGAAAUUGAAGAAGCGACUGAGGCAGGAACUAUAGUGGAAAAUGAAAAGCAUCAUGAAAACCUGCCCACAAUAACCCUAGAGUCAACUAACUUCAUGACUAGAGGUUGGGAUGACGAUAAUGGAGCUGGGGACCAAGUGUUAGAUCAAGGGAAGUUACGGCGAUCAUCACGGAUACGAAAAACAAAAAAAAUACCCAAUAAAAAUCAACAGCUGUACGUGGACGAGCCGAGUAACAGAAAGAGACGGAAAGUUAUAAAGGGAGAAACAAAUAGUUCAUUCUGGGAGUGUAACAGCUGUGAUGCCAUGUUCAGGACCAAGGCGAGCCGCGACCGCCACAUGGAGGAAGGACACACGUUUACGUGUUAUGUUUGUGGCUGGCAAGGAAGGAGCAAGACCAAAUAUGAGUUCCAUAUAUCGACGGUUCAUUGCAAUCAACAAGCUCGGUGUCUGGCAUGCAGGAAAGACUUUCUCAGCUACGAGGUUUACAAACAGCACAUGAAGACAAAACACUCCAUGACUACAACCAUCGCUGUGAAGACGGAGGUGGAGUUCGAACCACAACCAGAGGGAGCAGAACAAGAGGAGGAGGAGGAACAGCCGCAAGAUGUCCGAUAUAAAAAGGGAGAUGGAGUGGAUCCCGAUGACCCUGAUUUUAAAGACUCAAAAGCCGGGCUGGGAAAAGAUGACGACUUUCACUCGUACGGCGAACGCGGAUGUCCCUACUGCGGCAAAACCUUCCUCCGUCGCAGUCGUUUCCUCAGACAUCUCAACUACCAUCGCGGCAAUAGGUCAUUCAGGUGUACUUUUUGCACCAAAUGUUUCGUCGAGAAGAGCGGAUUAGACGCACACAUUCAGACUCACUGCCCCAUCAACGAGCCGUGCCCCCAGUGCGGGAAGGUCUUCAAGACGCAGCGCACUAUGAAACGUCACCUCAGGACUCACCAAAAUAAGAUAUAUUCCUGCAAUGUUUGCGGUAAAGAAUUUCGGCACGAUGAAUCUCUGAGGGUCCAUAAGUCUGUUCAUAAGGAAGGAGGGAGUGGAAAUGACUGUAAAAUAUGUGAAAAGGACUGCAAGACCCCAUACUACCUGCAGCUUCAUAUGACGACAAAACACGAGGCUGCCAAGUUUAUAUGCCUCCAGUGUAAUCGAUCCUUUAAGUGGAAGCAGAGUUACCGUAAACACAAGGCAGUUCACCACGAGGAUACAUAUAUGAAAUUUAAGUGUACAGUCUGUCCUCGCCAUUUCCUGACCCCUUCAGAACUCCAGCUCCACCAGGCAGUACACACUAAUGAGAGAAAGUACUUAUGUGACAUUUGUGGUAAGGCCUUUAAGCACGAGUACAACCGAGAUAAACACAUCAGGACAGUUCACCGGGAUGACUGUGAGCACAUGUGUCCCCAGUGUGGUUCUCUCUUCAAGGCCAAGGCAUAUCUAGACCAACACCUGGCUCAUGUCCACACUACCAAGGAGAGGGUCAAGUGCAUGCACUGUGAACAUGACUUCAAAACGGAAUCAAUCUUAAGAAGUCACAUUAAAAUUGUACAUACACCCAGGAAUCCUAAAUAUGCAUGCAAGUGCUGUAAUAAAACAUUCCUGGCACCGAAGGAUCUGGCCAGGCACUCAAAGGUUCAUACGGGAGUGAAGGAUUACUCCUGUCCCAAGUGUAGUCGCUGCUUCUCCCGCAAAGACAACAUGGCCGCUCAUCUCCGCACCCACAACACAAAUCAGUCUGCAUCAUCAUCAUUCGACUCAAAGGACGACAUAAUAACACCAUCCGGCGUCCCUCAACAAAAUACUCCACAAGGAAUAAAUCAUAUGCUUGGUCUUCCAUCUACUAAUUCUCCUGUCAACAGUAUAGCUAUUUCUAGUAUCCCCGAGUCAUCUAAUAGCAUAAUCCUUUCAAACGUUCCAGUAUCUUCGUCCAGUAUCCUCAUAUCCGAUGCUUCUCCUUCCAGUAAUAUCGUCGUGCCUAGUGUCCCCACCUCGGAGAACAUCACCCUGGCCGUACACUCGUCCUCACACAGUACAACGGCCUCUGGCGGUGGCUCCAUGCACUCUGAUACCAUCUCGCUAUCUAAUAUAUCCAUAUCUUCCGCGAGCGUUCUGUCUAAUAUUGUGUCUUCCACGAAUAGUAUCAUCCUGUCCGGCGUGCCCAUCUCGUCAACGGGUAUAUCCAGCACUCCUGCCUCUUCUGGCGUUGUGGUAUUUUCAGGUACUCCCUCAUCCAGUAAUCUUGUUCUCUCCAACACACAGUCUACCUCAAACAAUAUGGCUCUCUGCCACACACAUUCCAACUCCACCAACGUAUCACUGGGUAACACGUCCUCGUCUAAUAAUCUAGUUCUGUCCAGCUCGCCGACAGUUCUCAAUACCCACCCAGUUCCAUCCUCGGAGAGUCGGACUGGCCAUCAAGAUUACGUCAUUCACCCUCACAUAAUAACGUCGUCGCAGCAUCAGACGUCUUCUAUAUCGUCCAUCCCUUCGUCUUCCGUACCGUCGUCACUUCUCUCUCUUCCUCCCCAUCUCUCGUCAUCAACGCCUCUUCUGAUGUCUCAAGCAAACAGGACACAGAUGGUAUGCACGCCAUUUUCACCCGAACAAGUCGUCCUUACCGCUGGAGUACUCGGUCCCGUAUCGACCGUCUCAACACACCACAGCGAUAAUCCCUCCCAGUACACACAGCUUGAUCAGUUAGAAACGUCAAUAUCGUCGAGCUCAUCGGUGAACAUAAACGCAACUUCAAAUACCCUACGGUCGUCAGGUCCAACGGGAACUAUCGGUGCGAGCGUUCCCAUGACGGUCGAGGGAAGUCAUCAUGAUUCCACUGGAGGGGUUUCGGACCCUGUUGAAUCUAACAUUAUCCUCCCAAGUGCCUCUCUUCUCCCCGACACAGCUCUCAUUCUUCCCGAAAAGACUGGCGUAUAUACCAUCGUAGAGGAAGGGAAGAUGACCACCCUGGAGACCUUCACUCUUCACCCAAUGACCAGCACACAACCUCCUCCCUCCCACGACCACUCCAAGUCUCAGGCACCUACAAGACAACCUGAUCACCCUGAAUAAACUCAACCUUCAUACUUAUAUCAUACUUUUGGUUGUUAGUUAAUCAUACUAACUACCAAAUAUAUUGUUCGGUGUUAAGGUGAAUAUAUUUUUAAGUUUGAAAGAAGAGGUAAAUAAAUUAUGAUAGAAAUGAA